AUUGUGGCCUCCAAGUUUCCAUUAAGUGCAGGGCAAACAGCAUAUGUAUACUUUGGCAGCCUUAUUAUUCAAGGAUAAUUUAUUGUGCUCUGCAACACAGGGUUGCAGAUGUAGAUUAGUGCAUUUAUGCAACAGAAGAAAAACAUGACUAAACUAAACAGUUCAGACUUCGUGUAGUGCCGUUUUUUUAAUUUGCAUCUGGAGGAAUGUAAACAGCAGCAACAGUGAAUGGUGAAUUAUAUGGUCAGAUAAUAUGGCUGGCAUCUUAACAUUUAAAAAUCAACAUCAGGGAAACAUUGUCAAUAGACAAUAUGCUAUAUGCUAGACUGUAUAUGUCCAGAAACCAGUAGUCCUCCUGUUGAUUCAUUCAUAAUAGAAAAUUAUGUUUUUAAAAGAUUUGAUAUGUCAAGGCCACACUAUUGCAUAAUAAUGCAGGGGCCUCUGUAGUUGAUAUGAUUGACUGUAGUGGUGCAGUUAACUAAUCUGCUAAAAAGUUACUAACACACAGUGAACCUCUUUACCCUGUUGGGGCUAAUCUAACCUUGCUUCCACAGUGUGUGCUCCCAACCCCAGCGCUGAGAAACUCUGACCUUGGAUGUCAUUGAUAUGUGUUGUUGUGCUCUUCUAUAUAUUCCUCUAUUUUUCACAUUUCUUAUGUAUUUCCUUGCAUGGGAUUUCCAAGUGCAAAGACUGUAGUUCAUAAAGAUCCUUCUGAAUUAGGACAAAUCUAUCACAGUAUGUGCAUUUCUUCAUCUUAUUGUUUUGGUGGUUUUAAAAAGUAUGCAUGUGGAUAGCUCUUAAAUGUGUUCUAGUUGUAGUUCUACUAUUUAUUUAGUUAUAGUCAUCAGAAUGCACCACAAGUCCCAAACUGAAUACACAUACAGUAUGUACCCUCACAAACACGAGCCAACACCAUGCAUAUUUAACUUGUUCAAAACAGACAAAUACCUAAAUAGACAUAAUAUAUAUAGUAUAAUCUGCAGCAUACACAUACAGGAGCAAUCCACGUGUAUGCAUUCUAUAACUAUUAAAACAAGGUGAACACUGUCACUAGAUAUGUCAUAAUGAUAUUAAAACAGUGUGUGCAUGUGUAUGAAGCUUUGAUUUGAUAUUCUCAAUCAGUGAUGGCUGCAUGUACUCUUCCUCUCCUUUGCAUCCCUGAUUAAUACGAGUUGAGGUAAUAGAUGGCAAAUUUACCUAAACGGUUUCCUAGUUUACUUGCAGAAUGGAUUCAUAUCAUCUCUUUUUUGUAUCAAACUGUCAGUUUGGCUCGUGGUAAUAAUGGAGGUCACACUCCUGCAGUCCUGUUAUUCACCACUUUACACAGUAUUCAUGCUGCUGGUCCAAUAUGCAGUCCAAUACUGCAGCCUUUUUGACAGGGAGCGCGCUUCCAAAUUUACCCUCCCGCUGCGCUCGCUCCCCGUGCCUUAAAAAACCGCGUGCGCGGCUGAAGGUCACUUAAACACAAAAGGCUUUCAGCGCUGCGGUCCAAUAUAGCGCAUGCGCGCUGCCGGAGGACUGCUUCACAGACCGCAAUAUGGCGAGAAUGCCUGCCAGCGGAGACACAGAGCAGGAGCAGAUGAGCUACCCGGAGAGGAGCAGGGAUGAAGAUAAUGAGGAGGAGGAUGAAGAUGAGAUCCAGGAGGUCCAGAUCACUGGGGAGGAAGAGGACGAGGAGUCCGACAGAGAUAGUGUGGAGCUGGAGUGGGAGUCAGAGAACGCAGUGCUGUUGGACUCCAGCGGUUCCACAGAGAUACAAGCGGUCGUUAUGAGGAGUAUGGACCGAGGAGAGGAGGAGGGAGAGGCGGAUCCUAUGAGCAGCAGCAUGCCCGCUGGGCUGGAGUCUCACCUGGACGGAGAUAUUCAGCGAUCAGAGGGGAACAGGCUGAGUGAGAAUACGCGCCUGGCGACCCGGUAUGCGGUGAGGAUCUUCAGGGAGUACCUCAGUGAGAAAGCCCAAAGUCCAGACUUUGAAACUCUGGACAAGGAGGCGCUCUGCGCGGUGCUGCGCUCCUUUUACGCGGAGGCCCGCUCUAAAAGUGGACAGCUGUACAGCAAGUCGUCCCUCAUCAGCAUCCGGAGCUCACUGAAUCGAUACCUGAACGAGCCGCCUUACUGCCGCACCUUGGACCUCACCAAGGACCCCGAACUGCGCAGUGCCAAUCUGACCCUGGCCGCGGUGAUACGGAGGCUGGAGGAGCAAGGCGCCGGUCCGGUGGUGCAGAAACAAGCCAUCACGCGCUCGGACCUUCGGAAACUGUAUGAGUCCUCUGUGUUCAACACCGACACACCUUUCGGGCUGCUCAACAAAGUCUGGUUUGAGACCUGUAUGUAUUUCUGCACCCGGGGCCGGGAGAACCAGCGGGAGCUAGAGGAGGACUCGUUCGGUCUGGUGGUGGAUGAGGACGGGAGAAAGUUUGUAUAUUUUAAAGCUCUCGGACCGUACCACAAGUCCCGCUCCGCCGCCUGGACAAAGAAGCGUCCGGACGCAGACGAGGAUACUUUGCCACGGAUGUACGAGACGGGCUCAGAGCAGUGUCCAUACGCCAGCUUCGUCCGGUACGUGUCGAAACGGAAUCCGCUGUGCAGGGCGUUCUUCCAGCGGCCCCGGGACCACUGCUGCGCGAGUGACAUGACGUGGUACGAGAACAAAGCUAUCGGUAAGAACCUGUUGGGCACGAGGAUGCAGAUGUUGUCGCGCGCUGCCAAGCUCUCCAAGACCUACACCAACCACUGCAUCGGUGCCGUCUCCAUAGCAACGCUAAACAGCAUCGUGGGCGUCGCGGGCUCGAGGCCGACGAAGACGCUUUACGUUGCCUCGGAGACGGUUAACGGUCACACGCAUUCCCACCUCCAGCUAGUGAUCCCGUACCUCCGCCAGGUCACCGACGUUGCAGAUGUGAAGCCGCAGCGUGCGACGGCAACAACAACAAUAAACGUAUCAACAACAACAACGGAUAGGGUCAGUGAGGACGACCCGGCUCCUUACGCCAAGAGGUUGUGCGUGCGCCCCGGGACACGCGUGGAGUCGCCUGUGGAGCGGAACGAGAGCGGGCCGGUGCCCUCGAGAGCCAUGGAGUCCCAUAUUCACACACAGCCCGGUGUGCGGUCCCCGGUCGCUGUGCCCACACAGGACAGCUGUGGCAGCAGCAGCAGUAUGUCCAGUCAGCAGCUGCUCUCUGUGUCUCCUGUGGGCUCCGCCGGCAUCCCCACACCAGCCCAGCUCACCAAAACCAACGCACCCGUCCACAUCGAUGUGGGAGGACACAUGUACACCAGCAGCCUGGCCACCCUUACAAAGUACCCUGAGACACGGAUCGGUCGUCUGUUUUCUGGAACAGAGCCCAUAGUGUUGGACAGCCUGAAGCAGCACUACUUCAUUGAUCGAGAUGGCCCCAUGUUCCGCUACAUACUUAACUUUCUCCGGACCUCAAAACUCCUCAUCCCUGAUGACUUCAAAGAAUACUCCCUGCUGUAUGAAGAGGCCAGUUUCUUCCAGCUGACUCCUCUGCAGGCUGAGCUGGAGCGCUGGAGGACUGAGCAGGAAUGUGGGGGUGUGUGUCUGCAGUGUGAGUGUGUCGUGAUUCAUGUAGCUCCGGAGCUUGGUGAGAGGAUCAGCGUGAGCGCCCACCGGGCCAUGAUCGAGGAGGUUUUUCCUGAGGUCAGAGACGUCAUGUCUAAUUCCCUGAACACCAGCUGGAACCAGGACUCCACACACAUCGUUCGCUACCCGCUCAACGGCUACUGCCAACUCAACUCUGUCCAGGUGUUGGAGAGGUUACAGCAGAGAGGGUUCUGGAUCACAGGUUCAUGUGGCGGUGGAGUGGACACUUCCCAAUUUAGUGAAUACAUUCUACGAAGAGAAGGCCGAGGCAGCCAACACCCCCCCACCCUCAUCCGAAUAAAGCAAGAGCUCAUGGACUGAACUCACAGAAGCCCCCAUUUUUUCACACAUUUCCGCAACUGUUUCUCAAAGCGACAACCGAUUCACUUCAGCAUGAAAGAAGUCAACAGAGCAAACAUCAAUAGCAUAUCUUACGACGCACUAAAAUAUGGUACAUUGACUGUGAUGUUAGUCUUCUUUAAAACGUUACUUACAGUUGUCCCAUAAAUGACAGAUAGUAGUAUUACAGUAAAAAAAAAAACUAGCAUUAGCAUUUCUAUUGAAAUAAAUUGGAGGCUAGUACUUAGGGAUAUGGAGUAUACCGGUAGAUAAAAUAUUUUAUCAUGGUACAUGUCAUUUUAUAUUGCGAUAUAGUAUAUUUGCUGGAAUUUUAAUUGAAAAAACCCUUAAUAGAUAACAUAACCAGAUAAUCAUGUCUUUCUGUAAUCCAUUGAAUUAAAUACCUGAAGUCAGGGUACUGCAUCACAUUGAUGCAAAUAUUCUGUAAAUCAAUACAGUCCUGCUCUGUGAUUUCCAACACUGUCUACAUUUUCCGAAAACCCCCACAGAUAAUAAAGGGACACCUACUAAAGUAUUAUUCGUAUGGCAAAAAUAGAAAACAGACAUAUUUCUGCUGUUUAAUGAUACUGUCAUAUUGUCCAACCCUAUUACUCUCCUCCAUGGUCUCAGACCACAUGCUGAGGCUGGAAAAUAUACACAUAUAAAAUACAUGCACUUUCACAUCAUGUGGAUAUUAACUGAAUGGUGCAAAAACACAAAUGGACUCCUCAAGCUAUUAUUGGGAAGUGGCAGCUCAUACUCUGAUUGCAUGGUUUUUACAAGGGUAUAUACAGUCUAACGGUUAUAAAGGUACAGUAUUUUAAAAUGACAUCUGGAUACUGAUACAUUUUGUUAUGUAUGUGUAAGAAUGUCCCCUCAAGAAACCUUGAACCUUGAACCUAUUAUUUUGUGAAUUAAAAAAGCCCUGCCUUGAUUCUGAUAAUGGAUUUUUCUUAAACUGUCCCCCCAUGACAAAAGAUCACAUAAAUAAUUUGUUCAAAUGCCAAAAAUGUACGUCUACAUUUGAUGGACAAAGACCUCCAGUGGCCUGUGAUUUAAGACUCAAAACUGCCAGGAACAAAGAAGGGAGUAGCAUGACGUUAUUAUCCUGCUAAUGGGGACACAUUUAGUUUUAGAAGACAAUGACAAAAUGACAGUUUAGAAAACCUGUCGACUUUUCAACAGCAAAUGUACAUUUUACAUGAGAUGGUGCCACUGCACCCAGAGAGCACAUACGCUAACUUUGCUCAGACUGCUCAGCAUCUCUUUUAACGUGCAGGCUGGUCUACAAAUACCAUAUUAAAAACAAUAUUUUUUCCAGCCAAGGCUAGUAGUUACUAUAUACUGUAUAUGUUCAGUGCAACUGUGUAUGAAUUGUGAGGUAUGAGCCUUUUUUGCAUGUACUGUUGCAUUGUUUUGUACUAUUUGCAGAGACCAUCAGUUACUUUAACCUGGAGGGAAUCUAAAAUAUUUGCAUUUGGUAAAGUACACAUUUAGAGCACAAGCACAGAACUGGCUGUGAAAAGAAACCUUAUUUAUUUUAACCUUUAGUUUAUUUGUGGCAUGCAAUGUCUUUGUUGUACAUUUUCUCUCUUCCUUCUGCUUUGGAAAAUAGAGGCAGAAGAAGAAUCUUUACAGGGGUUAAGAACAGCAACCCAAGCCAGCUAUGUUAAUUUAUAUAUCAUGUUUUCUCUGUUUUGCAUAAUUAUUGUGAGAUAAUUUUAUCAUGAUUUAACAAGAAUAAUAUGUGAUGAUGUUCAAAGACCAGGCACAUCUGCAAAGCUUCCUUAUGCUCAGCAGUCUGGACAGAUCAUUUGCUUUCUUGCCAAGAGUUAAGAGAAGAUCGAUAUUAAUCUCGUGUCUGUAUGCUAAACAUGAAGCUUUCUGUACACAUUAGACAAAUAGCAUAUUACCAAGGCCGUACUGAUAAAUGAUUUGAUCACAUGGAUAUGAUCGGUUUAUGUGAAACAUGGCUGACAAAAAUGUUUUCUUACCAUUAAAUGAAGCUUCCCCACUUGACUCACUUACGGCCAUGUUGCUCGGGCUGCUAAACAAGGUUGAGGGGGUGCUAUAAUCUA